UCCAAACUAUCAACAACUCUAAAGUUUAAAAUUUCAAGUCUUCAAAAUUGCUCUAUAUCUAUAUUUUUAACCGGAUUAGCUUGUUUUAUACUCCCUGAAAUGAGGAUGCUUUGCGACAGACUUUCGGCCCUGACCGCGGGCGCUAUGGUCGGUGUAUGGUACGCCAAGAAUUUCCCCUGUGAAAAGGCCAAGGGGGGAGGGGACCACUCGAAGCCCAAGGACAAAGGCAAGGACAAGGCGAAGGUCCAGGAGAAAGGCAAGGAGUAGGGAUAAGAAAUAGCUUAUCUGGGUGGAACUACUUAGGGCUCCACUUACCCGAAAACGAUACGAUACGUAUGUGCCAGCUGUCUUAUCCAAAUUUCUCCUCUAGUUACCCGUACAAGUUCUAAUAGGCAGAAGCAAAAUUCAAAUGUCGACGAUGCAAUCGGCAUGAGAAGAGAAAGUUUGAAGUAAAUGACCACUGACCGGAUACGAUAAUGCUUCUGAUAACGUCCCACCGGAAAAGCUCUAUUGUUAUCGAUGCUUCUUAGGAUUCAGAACCAUGUUUUAUUACGAUUCCACCCAGCUGAUUUACUCUAAUGAUGCCCCUUGGCAUUUUAAUAAAGAUGCAAAAAUGCUUAUUAUAUCAAAAAGA